AUGAGGGUUGUACACGGUGUUUCCGAGUUGCAGGAGUGGCGGAGGAGCCAAUUGGGCCGUUCUGUCGGGUUUGUGCCGACGAUGGGCGCUCUACACGCGGGCCACGCGUCACUUGUCAAACGGUCCAUCGCUGAGAACAGUGCCACUGCAGUGAGUAUCUUUGUGAACCCGUCGCAGUUCGCCCCGGGGGAGGACCUCGACGAGUACCCUAGGACGCUAGAGGCGGAUUGCGCUCUGCUCGAGUCCCUGGGUGUGGAUCUUGUGUUUGCGCCCAAGACCAGCGAGAUGUACCCGCAGGGGAUCCCGCUGGACACGAGGGAGCAACGCGGUGCGUUCGUGACUGUACUGGGUGUCAGCGAGAUGCUCGAGGGCCGUACGCGACCCAACUUCUUCCGCGGUGUCGCGACCGUCGUGACGAAACUGCUCAACAUCGUCGGACCGGACGUCGCGUACUUUGGUCAGAAAGACGUGCAGCAGUUCAUUGUCCUCCAGACGAUGGUCCGUGAACUGUUCACCCCCACGGUGCUCGUGAUGAUGCCCAUUGUAAGGGACGCCAGCGGACUCGCCCUGAGUAGCAGGAACAGGUACCUCUCUCCAGAGUCCCUCGAGAUCGCCGCGUCCCUGCACCGCGGGCUACUCGUCGGUGCAGACCUCCUGACAAGCAAGACCCCGCGCCCACACCACGACGAGAUCACCGCAGCGAUCAGAGCCCUGUGGCAACCUUUCGUGGACUCCGGAGACUUCGAAGUCGACUACGUCUCUGUCGCCCGCUGGGGGUCCCUCGCAGAACUAGAUAGUGAGGAGGCGCACAAACAAGACACGGGGGACAACACCCGCGUGGUCAUCAGCUGCGCAGUGUACGUGCGCGACCGCUCACUAGCAGCGACUCGCGUCCGCCUCAUCGACAACGUCAUCGUCUCCGCUACUGCUUAA